AUGAUAAAAAAGAGGAAACAUGAAUUGGUUGAUGCUACGACUGACCCAGUGGUGGCUCCGUUUGUAUGGGACCUGUGUUUGUUAUGCCAGAAGCAUUCAAAAGAGCGCUUAAUCAUUCCGAAGUAUGAAGGUUAUUUGACGAUGGCGAAGAAUCUUGGCAUUUUUGCUGAACAUGGUCAGCUUCCAAGUGGUAUAAGACAUUUGAAGCAGUUGGACGAUGGAAAUGGUGUUUUACAAACACUAGUGGCCCAUGCAGCAAAAUAUCAUAAAUCGUGUAAAAACAAAUAUGACAGUCAAAAAGCGGAAAGAAUAUCUAGUGAAAAGAAACAGAAAGGUCGGCCCCUUUACUCAGACCAAACUAAAUCUACAUCAAAAUUAACAAGAUCAUCAUUAUUUUGUUCAGAUUUGAAAAACGUGUGUCUGUUUUGUGAUGAAGGAGGCAAAGAUAAUCUUGUGAUUGCAUCCACUCUGGGUAUUGGUCCUACAAUUCAUAGUCAUGCUGUAAAAUUACAAGAUGAAAAACUGUUAAAGAAGUUAACGUCAACAGAUUUGGUAGCAUUAGAAGCCAAGUACCACAAACUAUGUUAUACUCGUUUUCUAACACGUGCAAGAGCUGCUGAGCGUUCUCAAAGAGAAGAUUACCAUAAUCCCGAAGAAGUUGUUUAUGGUACAGUUAUAACGGAGUUGGUUCAAUACAUGCAGGAUUUGUACUCAUUUAGUAGUAUUUCUCCAGUGUUUAAACUUUCUAGUAUUACAAAAUUAGUGAGCGAACGCAUGACUAACUUGGGAAUACAAACUGAAGAAAAGAAUAUUAAUAGAACACGUCUCAAGGAACAAUUAUUAGCAUUUACACCUGGCCUGAGAGCAGAUAAGUCAGGACGUGAAAUAAUUUUAAGUUUCGAAGGAGAUGUUGGCGAUGCCAUUCGUGAUGCCUGUGCAUUUAAUGACUUUAGUGAUGGUAUGUGUCUGGGACGUGCUGUACGUAUAUUACGAAGACAACUGUUUGAAGAUUUUCCUAAAUUUGAAGGAUCCUUUAACAAAUCAUUUACUCCUUCCGCAUCUGUACCUGCUGUUCUGAUUCAUUUUGUACGUAUGUUAUUAGAGGGUCCUAAUAUCGAAUCGGUUGGUUCAUCAGAAAAACCUGCAGGAAAUAAUGCAGAAUUGUCAAUUUCACAACUUAUUAGAUAUAACAGCAUUAAGCAUAAAAGAAAAGAAAAUGUUCAGAGUAUACGCCACUCUCUGGAGAGAGAAACACCACUCCCACUAUACGUAGGUCUCAUGAUUCACGCUGUCACUAAAAAGAAAAAAAUUAUAGAUAAAUUGUAUCGUUUGGGUUUGAGUGUUUCAUAUAAUCGAGUGCAAGAAAUAUCAGCCACAGUUACCAAUGAGUUAUGUAAAAAAUAUAAGGAAGAUGGUGUUCACCCGCCAAAGUUGUGUCCCAAUGUGUUUGUAACAUCAGCAAUAGAUAACAUCGACCAUAAUCAAUCUUCUUCUACCGCCGUUACUUCUUUCCAUGGGUCAAGUGCUACGAUUAUUCAGCAUCCCCGCAGUGAAGCAGUUACGGAGAUUUACGAUGACAGCAUUCGUAUUCAGCUGUGGAACAAACAAAUUAUCAAUGAUCUCCCUGAAUAUUACACUACACUUCCUGCAACUGGUAAAGUCAGAAGUGACCCACCUUUGACAACUGUCAAUCCACAAUACAUUGACCAUGAGCUUGCCUUCAACCCUAGGAAAGUUUUAAAUCCUUGGCUUAACUCUGUCCUGGAGAGAUUGUAUAUUGAUGACACACAAAGAAUAGAUUAUGUACCUAAAGUAUCGUUUGCUGCUUUUCAUGCACAAAAUGAACCUGGUGUUAGAAAAACAAGGUGUAAUGCCCCAUUGCUUCCACUUCUAAAUGACGAAAUUGCGACACCAGCAAUGGUACGGCAUAUGAUGGAUAUCAUAGUAAUAGCUACAGCAAAAUUAAAUGGAAAUCAAGCACCCGUGAUUACAUGUGACCAACCAGUAUAUGCUAUUGGGAAGCAACUGCAAUGGAAAUUUCCUGACAAGUAUGGAGAGGAUCGCAUCAUAUUCAUGAUGGGUGGUCUUCACAUAGAAAUGAUGGUCAUAAACUUACUUGGAAAGUGGUUAAUUGGCAGUGGCUGGACUGAAUUAGUAACAACGGCUGGUAUUGCAAGUUCUGGUGUUGCGGAAUCCUGCCUUACAUCGUCGCAUGUAAAAAGAUCUCGGUAUGCACACGAAGUUACUUUAACUGCGUUACAUUGUCUACAGGUACAAGCAUUCAACAAAGAAUGUGAAAAAAAUGUCAACACCAGCGGAGAAGGCAUUGAAGUGUGGAUUUUGUCUAAAACAUCUGAAUGUCCUCAGUUUCAGUAUUGGGACACAGUUAUCAAACUGGAGUCUCUUCUAGUGCAACUGAUAUUGAGUAUUCGUACAUCUAACUUUAAAAUGUACGUCGAUACUUUGGCUCAAUUAUGUCCAUGGACAUUUGCGUUGGACGCAGUCCACUAUUCUCGUUGGUUGCCAGUUUUCGUACGCACUCUACAGGACCUUCCAGAAAAACAUCCAGAUAUACAUGCUGAAUUUCUUCGUGGCAACUUUACAAGCACCAAAACUGCUAAACCAUUUUCUGCAAUAUCCGACGACCAGCUUCAUGAACACAAUAAUAAGUUUAUAAAGGGCGAAGGUGGAGCUAUUGGGAUUCUUGAUAAUGAAAAUGCUCUACUUAAAUGGAUGGUAUCAGGCCCUAGGAUCAGUUCUUUAAUUGAGGAAUUUGAAAAGAAAUCAUUUUUAAAAGAUGAAAAAGACGUGGGUGCAAAGCACCAUGAAGAUAAUAAUGCAUUUGAGAAAAGGUUUUUGACCCAUGUCAAAGAAAUGAUUAACGUCUUUACCGAAAAUGGAAAUCCGUUUGAAGAAACCGAUUUGGUGUCAAUAGGAAGUUCCAAAGUAAUUGCAAGUGUCGAAGCUGUAAAGUGUGUUACAGAAGCAUUUACUUUGGGACUACAACAGUAUAAUGAAUUUGUCGUGUCUCGUCUUAAUCUAGUACAAAAUUCAAUUCAUGAAAUUAUUCCUAGAACCAAUAUCAAAAUCUUCAAGACUAUAAAAAAAAAAACGGAUAAGGCAAAGUCUAAGAUUGCUAACUUGCGUAAAGACUCUAAUUUGUUCUGUAGAUUGUAUGUCGCAUCUGAAGCUCGGGAUGCAAAUAUUGAUGAUUUCUUUUCUCACGAAAACCAAAUGUACCCGCCAUCUAUAUCAGAAGAUGGAAAGCUCCGAAAGCCAACCAAUAAGUCUGAUAUUAUUGACUGCAUACAAACAAAAUGUGACAUUAGCUUUAAUGACAGCCAACCUAUUGUAACAGCCAAAAUGUUUGAUGGAGCAGCUGUAAUACACAUGCUUAAGUUUUAUAUACUGUUCGAAAGGUAA